AUGGUCAACGACAUCAGUGAAUGGUCGUCGAGGAUCUCGACGAAACUCUCCGCAUGCCGGGAAGGAGAGCUGAUCAAAGCAUUCUACUCCUCCCUUACAGGCGCGAUCACCACAAACUCCGCCCUUGCCUCCGUGCCCAUGGACGAUCACCUCUGCCACAGAGGGCAUGCCGUCUUCGACACUUGCACUCUGGCAAAGGGGCGAAUCUAUCGACUCAGGACUCACAUCGACCGCUUCCUCGCAAGCGCGCAUGGGGCGAGGAUCGACCCUCCCCUAUCACGCUCCGAGAUCGAGAACAUCAUCCUACACACCGCCGCUGCCUCUGGACUCAAGGACGGGUCCGUCCGCUUCUGGCUCUCUGCAGGACCAGGAGAUUUCUCCAUCGUCCCCAAGCAGGGAUCCUCUUCUUUCUACUGCGUCAUCUUCGUCGGCUCGGCACUACAGCACGAGAUGGGCAAGGCACCUCCUGCCAUCUCCGAGGUAACAGUGCGUGACGUCCCGCUGAAACCGCCGGCCCUGAGCUCGAUCAAGACCAACAACUACCUCCUUAACUCCCUCACCGCCCUCCGAGCGCGCGAUCUGGGAGGGACCUUUGGUAUCCUUGUGGACGAGGAGGGUUUCAUCGCUGAAUCCUGCGUCCUUAACGUUUCCUUCGUGCUCCCGGACAAGACCCUGGUCACUCCCACGUUCGCUCGUGCUCUCAACGGCACCACUGUGCGCAAAUGCCUCGAGUUUGCAGAACCUAAACUGAUCGCUGAGGGUCUGAUCAAAGAAGCCCAGCAGCGACCCAUCGCGGAGGAGGAGGCUCAUACGGCUGUGGAGAUUUUCCUCACUGGAGGCGACCUGCACUUGUACGCCGUGACGUCGUGGGACGGGGAGCCAGUCGGAGAUGGUCAGGUCGGUCCUGUGGCGACGAGGCUGCUCUCCGCACUUGAGGAUGAGGCGAUGCACGGGAGCAGCGAGCAUCUCCAGGUUCCAUACUCGUGA